CUUCCUAUAUUAUUGCUUUUGAUGGUUGCAGUAGUUAUUUUGGAUUUUCUUGCAACAUUAAGACGAUAGAUGAAUCACAUGUUUUCCCCGUCAGAAAAAGUGAAGGUUUCUGCGGUACUGUUUUGCGUCGAGUAAACGCGGCGCGUUCUUAAAAGGGCAACUGAAGAAAGGUCAGCGGCCGGUGGGACCCGCUUUCACGACGGAGGCUACCACCGUCCCGUUUCUCCUACUGGCCAGCGCGAAACGUCUUUGCCAUCGGGCUCUUUGUCGCCUCUUGCUCCUACACGGCGCUUGGAGUGGCUCGUCAUGGCGUCUGCUAAAGAUGCUCUGCGCACGCAGCGGAGGCGAGAGCUCGACGCCAGGAGGAGCAGGUCUCGCGUGCGCCUCGGCUCCAGCCUGCAGGGCUGGGGAAAGCUAAAGGACCAGCUCGGCUUCUCUCUGCACUCGCAGAUGGCACAGUUUCUGCUGCAGAGUUACUUCUCCAAAGAGUGCAGCAGGUGUUCAGGUGGUGUUCCAGGAGCGGUCCGAGCGACUGUGUCCACCACGGACGCCUCCCUCAACCAGCUGGUCCUGCUCGUCCACAGUCAUGGACAACACUGCCCACUCCCUCCGACCCGGGCCGGACAGGGGGCGGGUCUGCAGGUGGGAGGAGCCUGUAGGAAGGGCCGUAGGUGGAGGCAAGCGGACACGGACCCUGAAGCCCCCGCGCAGGCGUCUGAAGCAGAGGUGCGCCUACGUUACGUCUGCGAGCGGGGACACGGCUUCACGUGGUGUCCGGCGGAGGCGGAGCAGGAACCGGGCAGAGAGGCAGGUGGAGGGCAGAGGCAGGUGGAACAGGGAAAUAAGAGGAGCAGAGAACAACGGAGGGGCAGGAGGCGCAGGGCAGUGAAGGCUGUCGCAACAUCCACAGAGAAGGAGGGAACACACGACGUCGUCCCACAGUGCUCGGCAGGCAAGGAGGGGACAGAACGGCCCAAACAGGAUGUGGCAUUACAGGAGGAAGGAAGUGGUGUGGUGGUUACUGUUCUGCCCUUGAAGAACCGCUCACUAAUAGUGGAUACUGAAGACUGUGAAGACAUCGGUGAUGAAAAGCAGAGUCCUGAUGACAGCAGGAACACAAGUGCAGUACCAGUGCCAACCAAGAGAGGGCGACAUAGGAGAACAGAUCAGCCUGAAAAGCCCAAAGGCGAUCACCUGAGAACAGUGAGGAGACAGAAUAACAGACAACAGCCAGUAAAAGAUGACACAUCUCAGAUUAGUGGCAGGAGAAAAAGGAAAGCAACACCAAAACUCAUUUUGCCCUGUGAAUUUGAGGGCUGCUGGAAAAUCUUUUCAAGUCGUCAGUAUCUGAAUCACCACAUGAAGUACCAGCAUGUCCACCAGAAGACCUUCUCCUGCUCCCAUCCCUCCUGCGGGAAAUCCUUCAACUUUAAGAAGCAUCUCAAAGAGCACGAGAAGCUCCACAGUGACCGGAGGGACUACAUCUGUGAAUUCUGCGCCCGAGCUUUCCGGACCAGCAGUAACCUGAGCAUCCAUCGCAGGAUCCAUACUGGAGAGAAACCUCUGCAGUGUGAAGUGUGUGGCUUUACCUGCCGGCAGAAGGCCUCUCUGAACUGGCACAUGCGUAAACACAAUGCUGAGCGCAACUACCACUUUCCCUGCAACGUCUGCGGCCGCCGCUUUGAGAAGAGAGAUAAUGUGACAGCCCAUCGGAGCAAGAGUCACCCUGAGCUCCCCGCCCCCUGCACGGACACGCCCCGCCCCCUGUCACUUACCCCUGAGCUCCCCGCCCCCUGCACGGACAUGCCCCGCCCCCUGUCACCUAGCCCUGAGCUCCCUGCCCCCCAUCACCUAGCUCCGGCACAACUCCCUCCCUCUGCCCCCGGAACAGGGUGGAAACGCUCCAAGCCAUGCUGCCAAUGACCUUGGACACAUUGGCAGCUGAAGUCGACCCCUAGGUAGAAAGAAAUGGAACAGAAGGUCUGUAGAUUUGGCUGUCAUUCAAGAUGGAGGUGAAGUGAGAUUCACAGGUCAUUCAACUAACUUUGGGUUCAGAUUAAGGGAGAACUGUGUUGAACUGAACAGCCUUCUCAUAAUGAUAACUCCCACUUCACUGUUAUCUUCCUUUCACCGUAUUUGACUGUAAAGGUGCCAGUGGACUCAGAGUGCCUUUAUAGAAGACAGACCAAGCGGGAUUCUGGAUCUGGACAGACGAACCAGUCAGAUAAUAAAACGCCUCACAAUUGAUCUGAUAAAUCAUCUUCAUGGAAUUAUGGAUGAAAGUGUCAUGUCGAGUUGUGUUUUUGGCACCUUGUCUGUUUUUGUUGACUCCAGUUUGUAGUUAAAUCAGCAGACUGAUUCAACUCAGCACAGAACAUGGAUGAGCACAAAUUCAAGAAAGAGAUUUGUUUUGUGUUUUGUUUUUUGUUUUUAUGUUACUCCACACCGUUGGAUUUUAAAUGCUGAAUACUGUGGCAUUUUUCUUAAACUCACGUAGAGUCAGUAAAAUAUGGUCUGUCUUUAAAUUAAAUGCCUGUGUAGACA